AGCGGGGCGGUGGGCGGCAGGCCUGGCCCCCGCCUCGCGCUCAGUGGCCACCCGCGGGCUGGGAAGCCGCCGAGGAGUCGGGGUCGGUUCAGCGGGCGGCGGGCUAGGGGAGAGGCGGCCGCGGCCCCUGCGUCCGGAGGGCGCUGAGGGGCUGGACCGGGACCGGUGAGGCCGACCUAGGGACCCGACCGCACCGGGGGGACGGAGGCCGGGUCUGGGAGGACGGGCCCGACUGGAAGGCGGUGUGCUCUGGGGGAGGCGCAAGUCAGACCCGGCCGCUCCGUAACCGUGUCAGGGGGCGCCCCCGCGAAGGCUGCCCCGGGGUUGCCCGGCCGCCGGCGUGGCUGCCACUCCAACGGCGGCCUGUCCAGCCUCCAGCCCAGGAGCCGCUGUGGCCGGAGGGACUGAGGGCCCUGCUCCAGGUGUUUCUGGGAAGAAGAAACAUGGAGAGUGGUGCGGUCCUGCUAGAAUCCAAGUCCUCCCCAAUCAACCUCCUGCAUGAGAUGCACCAGCUCCGCCUGCUGGGUCACCUGUGUGACGUGACCGUCAGCGUGGAAUACCAGGGCGUCCGGGAGGAAUUCAUGGCCCACAAGGCAGUGCUGGCAGCCACCAGCAAGUUUUUUAAGGAAGUGUUCCUUAACGAGAAGACUGUGGAUGGUGCCAGGACUAACGUCUACUUAGACGAAGUGCAGGUAGCCGACUUUGCUUCCUUUCUUGAGUUUGUCUACACGGCCAAGGUACAGGUCGAGGAAGACCGGGUACAGCGCAUGCUGGAAAUGGCGGAAAAGCUGAAGUGUUUGGACUUAUCCGAAACUUGUUUUCAGCUGAAGAAGCAGAUGUUAGAGUCGGUACUUUUGGAGUUGCAGAAUUUCUCAGAGUCUCAGGAGGCAGAAGGGAGCAGCGGCGCCCAGGUUACGGCUGCUCUCGCCCCUGAGGCCUGGGCCGGGGUGGCCCCUGAUGGCCCUCUGGCCAAUGGGGUUGCCAGUUCUUUGGAUCCCCCAGCAGAGAGAAUCAGCAAUGGCCUGUUGCCAGAUCUGACCCCGAGGAAGUCCAGGGAGAAGCCAGACAAGAGGAAAGACGUGGCUAAGCCCCCCUACCCCAAGCUCAGAAGGGCCAGUGGGCGGCUGGCCGGGAGGAAGGUGUUCGUGGAAAUCCCUAAAAAGAAGUACACGCGCCGACUCCGGGAGCAGCAGAAGAGUGCUGAGCAGGACAUGGGGGGCUGCGGGGGCCCCCGGGAGCCCAGCCCAGAAGCCCUGGAAACCGAAAAAGAAGCAAUCACGAAGGACGAGGAGGACAGCGAGGCUGGGGCAGGGGCGGAGGCCGCGCCGCCCAAAGUGGGGCGAGGUGAGGAGGGGGACGAGGAGGAGGAGGGAGAAGAGGGCCCGGGUCGGCAGAGGAGCAACUUCCAGUGUACGCGCUGUGAGAAGGCCUUCUUGUACGAGAAGAGCUUCCUGAAGCACGUGCGGCUCCACCACGGCGUGGCCACCGAGGUGGUGCACCGCUGCGACACCUGCGGCCAGACCUUUGCCAACCGCUGCAACCUGAAGGGCCACCAGCGGCACGUGCACAGCAGCGAGCGCCACUUCCCGUGCGAGCUGUGCGGCAAGAAGUUCAAGAGGAAGAAGGACGUGAAGCGGCACGUGGUGCAGGUGCACGAGGGCGGCGGCGAGCGGCACCAGUGCCAGCAGUGCGGCAAGGGCCUGAGCUCCAAGACGGCGCUGCGGCUGCACGAGCGCACGCACACCGGCCACAAGCCCUACGGCUGCUCCGAGUGCCCGGCCACCUUCUCGCAGCCCUCAGCCCUCAAGACCCACCUGAGAAUUCACACGGGGGAAAAACCUUUUGUCUGUGAUGAAUGUGGUGCAAGAUUCACUCAGAACCACAUGCUGAUUUAUCAUAAAAGGUGUCACACAGGUGAGAGGCCUUUCAUGUGUGAAACGUGUGGCAAGAGUUUUGCUUCCAAGGAGUAUUUAAAACAUCACAAUAGGAUCCAUACUGGGUCCAAACCCUUUAAAUGUGAAGUUUGUUUCAGGACUUUUGCUCAGCGGAAUUCACUUUACCAGCAUAUCAAAGUCCACACAGGGGAGCGGCCAUACUGCUGUGACCAGUGCGGCAAGCAGUUCACGCAGCUCAACGCCCUCCAGCGCCACCACCGGAUCCACACAGGGGAGAAGCCGUUCAUGUGCAACGCGUGCGGGCGGGCGUUCACCGACAAGUCCACGUUGCGGCGGCACACCUCGAUCCAUGAUAAGACGACUCCGUGGAAGUCCUUCCUGGUCAUCGUGGACGGCUCUCCGAAGAACGGCGACGGCCACAAGACUGAGCAGCCUGAUGACGAGUAUGCGCCGUCCAAACUCUCCGAUAAAUUGCUGUCUUUUGCAGAAAAUGGCCAUUUUCACAACCUGGCCACCGUCCAAGGCAGCAUGCCUGCCAUGCAUGAGGACAGCCCCGCAGACCCAGCCUGCAAGUCCGACGGCCCCGUGGGGUCCCAGGACACGCUGCUGGCCACUGCCAUCAGUGAGCUUAGCGAGCUGACACCACAGACAGAGCCAGGCCCACAUAGCUCUGCUCUCUGACCCACGUGGACUGGAGCAGGGUCACCUGCCUGGAGGGUUCCAGCCUGCACUUGCACGGGAGGGCUGGAUGUGAGCUUUCGUCAGGGGCCAAGAAGCAGGCAAGGAUGGCUUCCACAGUUUUCUGAACUGCUACUUGCACGUCGCUAUCAAGUCACUUCUCAAGCUUUCCCUUAGAAAUCCUGACCCGCAUGACCUCAGCCACACUUCAUCAGCAAACAAGGCAGUUAGCGUCGCCUCACUGACCUCUGGUGGCAGCGCCCUGAUGCCCAGCAACCCUGACACUCACAAGGCCGCGGUUACUGCUCAGCUUAGUCAUGGGGCAGAGCGCCAACCCUGCUCCUGGAACUGUGUACCGGCUUGCUGCCUUAGGCUUUGUGUAGGUUUGUUUCUGAUACUUUAAAGCUAUUUUUCUACCACGGUGAAAGAAAACUGGGACCACAUAUUUAUUUUCAGCUGUUUCUUUCCUGUCAAACUGAAGCCCAUCAGAGAUACUCUGGGCUGGAGAUGAACGACAGCACUUGGCCCCCGCCCUGCUUGUAGGCACUAAACCGAAUGCUUGCCAGGUAGCUGCUCAUAGCACACAUGCAACUAGGAAGUUGGUCAUUAAAAUGACUUGAAGUGAAAUGUGGCCAUCAGGUUUCCUUCCUAAAAACCCAAUUAGGUAAAAGCUGUCCUACCAAAGACUAGCAGAAAACAGUGGAGUAGUUUUCGCAAAGAGGUGUGAAAAAAGCCAGGGGCUGAGAACACUUGAAACAUAGUGUAGUUAUUUUAUCCAUAAGCAGCAAUGCAGUGGUUGUGGCAAAUCUAAGAACACAAGAGUAUUGGUAGUUUUGCUAGACUUUUUUGACUUUAUUUCUGUGAUUUUCAGAAACCCAGUGUUUUUCAUUAAUGCGUGAGGAGCCUGACACAGGCAAGCCACUGACAUACGUUCCCCUGGGAGCAUGAGCAGAUUGGGCAGCAGGGACCAAGCGCCUCCGCACGCUCCUUCCUCUCUGAUUAGCCUUAACAGUGGACCACGGAAUGGCCAGCCUUGUCUUAAAUGUGCCUGUCACGCUGGCCACUCUUGCCCAGGUGGCAUUUGCAUCCCGCCCCAGCCUGGUUCUUGACCCACUGGCAAGGGCGGUUCACUGUGUGCACAGUGCUUUGACUCACAGGUGACCCAGAUCAAAAGCAAAGAAUUUCUCUGUCACUAGUCGCUCUUUUUCUUAAAUUUUAAUUUAUUAAACUUGCUGUGAAAACACUCAUUUUCUAAGAGAAAGGUACUGUAUGUUUAAGUCCAAGAUGGAGACACAGGUGCACGAAAAGCCAGAGGAAGACCCAAGAUGCUUCUUCCCCAUAAAACGCGGACGGUGCCCCGGGGGCUGACAAGCCACACGCCUGCUCCUGGGGUACUGAGUCCCACACGUCUCCUGCUGUGACAGCAACACCCUCUUGUAUUUACAGAAGUUAUUUUCACACACGUUUUCUCUCAACAGAACGAACCUGCCCGCUGAUGAACUGUUUUAUGGGAUAAAGUCAUCUUAACGAGAAGGAAUUUAAAUAAUAGAUUAUUUUGUUACCUACUGGAAUUAAUUUUUGUCUUGAAUUUGUUUUAGAGAUUCUACAAAAGUUUUAUGUGUUAAUAAAUGUUUGUUUUGUAAAAAUAGUUUUGCAAGGCUGUUUAUUUUCAUGAUGUAGAAUUCAUGUUCUGUAGAAAUCAGAUUCCUGAUUGAAACAGGUAUUUGCAUUUUCUGGUCCUUGGAGAGUCUCGCCAACCCUGUCUGCUGCACUUGUUCUGAGAUGUGACAGGCCCAGCCCUGUGCACAGGCCCGGCCUCGUCACGGCCAUGGUGAGUCUGCUCCACAAAGCCGCCUCUGUCUACAGUCACUUGUCUGUCUGCUUCUGGGGAGCGGAAGGGAGGGGAGGGCUGCUUCCUAAACUGCUGAAGGUGCAUCUCAGGGAUCUGGGGACAUCUCUGUUUCUCCCACUGUGGGUGCUGUGUUGCCAGGUCAUUGUCAGCCCCAGACCCUCUGGACAUGCUACCCAAGGGGGCCAUUUUGCACCUUCUAGCCUUCGUGUGGAAGAUGCAGUCAGCCCAAACUCCAGAGCUCCCCUGCCUCUGCUUUUACCCAAAAUUUGUUGUACAGACUUUGAAAAUAAAUUUGGCCAGGUGGUAAGGAAAGACCUUUCUUAAAGAUGACCUUCACAGAUAUGUGGUUUUACCGAAGACAGUCACCUAAACUGACCAAUGUGAGUGUGAGCUGUAAUUUAAACUCUAACUGGCAUGUCACGUGCCUUGCCACAGCAAGGACAUUUUUUGAGACCAAAAGAGUGCCUGUCCCCUUAACUUGAUGGUGUUCCUGUUGCUUAAGGUGAAAGGCGAUUUGUCCACAAGCACCAAGGCAGGCAGGAGGGUACAGGCACAGGGCCAGGUGGCACAUCAGUCAGACCCAGCUGAUGCCUAGCAACUGCCCACUUCCCUCCACUGGCAAGGGGCUAUGGGACCCUCCCCGAGGCUGGCCAAACCCACCGCGAGGGCUUCUGUUAGGAAACAAAGAUUCUGAGAGAGGCAUCUGAAUGAGAAACUUACCUUGAGGAUCAACGACAGGGCAGAGCUCCUACAUGGGACCACGUGUUAGUCUAUUCAUUGUGAGUUUGCCUCGAAUGAUCUUUGAGGGACCUGACCGAGGCACUGAGCACCAAGUCAACGUGGCUCCGCCAAGACAGACCGAAUGCUGGCCUCUGCCACCAAGGCGCUGCCCCUCCCUGAACCUUGUCGGAGCUCCCUGACCUGGCAGCAGCAGGAUGGGAAUGUGGAGACUGCAGAGCCCUCGGCAGACCAGCAGUGGCACCAACAGACAGGAUGGGUCUUCACAGAGCCUGGACAGCCAUGCCCACUGCCCGGGGACACCUUCCAGAAUGAGAAGCCAGCCCUGACCUGUGCAAACCAGCCAGGAAAGACAUACCACGCUGCUCAUAACUGGGACUUUAUUUACUGUACAGGUUCACACAAAAUACACAGACUCUGUGAAGGUGGAUUUAUCAUCCAGGGUGAGUUUUCAUAAUACACCCUCCCCGACAGCCCCAGGGAAGAGAGGCCCAGGCCCGCCGCAGAAGCCCUGGGGGUUGACUCUGGGCAUCUGAAACACAUGGUGUCAGAGGAAACAAGAAACGCACACGCUGUGGUUACAGGGGCACUGUCACACGCGGUCACGGCUGUGCAAGGACACUGCUUCCAAAUCAUUCAGUAAAAAAGAAGUUCACACAAGCUAGAAAAACGUUGCCACAAAAAGCAAAGCUUUCCCAUAAGAAAUUUUAACUCUUAACAAUGAACUAAACAUGACUUGCUAAAAUAUGAAGACUGUAACAUAAGUCAUUAUAUUUUGUUCAUAAAUAACGAUUUAUAAAUGCUGGAAGUCACCGCUAUGAGUCACAGCACUGCCCACUCUGAUGGAAUGUUUCUAGGGAGGAAGCCUGGAGCUGUUCCUGGGAUGUUUUUCUUCUCACUUUUAUGUUCUAGUGGUCUGUUCUAGCCAUUACAAUUAUUUUUUACUUCUUCAUGUGAAAUAUUAAAAACAAAAGCAUCUUAACUCAGGCACUGGUCCUAGUGUUCAACAUACCAACUCUGAUGUGAUAAAAGUGAGGGUGGCUCAGGCGUGUCCCAACCCUUCGACCCCGUGGACGAUACAGUCCAUAGGAUUCUCCAGCCCAGAAUACUGCAGUAGGUGGCUGUCCUUUCUCCAGGGGAUCUUCCCAUCCCAGGGACUGAAAAUGGUGCCAAGAGUAUUUCUCAAAACCACAGAUCUUCAGACAGGGGUCUGUCAGGGGAUCAGGAUAAAAAGCUAAUAAACAAACGUCAUUUGGUUUUUCCUUUACGUGGUCAGACCACAAGUUUCCUUAACAAGUGGAAGCAGACUUUCCAGACCAGCGACAAAAGUGCAUGACUGGCAGGGAGGGUUACCGACCCCUGGGUAGCCAGGCCUGCAGCCGGCAGACACACGCUCAUCUCACCCGUGUGCUUCUGACAGGCUGGGCACUGAAUCACAGAGAGCAACAAAACCCCACUUCUCUAAGUUUUUUUCUUAAAAGGUUCUGAUAGAAAGUGAAGAAGUACUAAGCAGGCUCUGUUCCAAAAUGGACCAUAACCAAGAGCCAGCUUUCUUUUAAGGAUCCCAGACCUUUGAAGGAAAGAAGGAAUCCUCACUGGAUACCAGAGUCCAAGGUCAGAGUACCCCAUGUCUCCUGGUCCACUGAGACUGCCCUGUGGGCUGGGAUAGAGCCACCACUGCCCCUCCUCUCCACCAGCCCAGGCCACAUAGAUGACUCCACAACUACAGCCACCGAAUCCUCACAGCUGCCCACAAGGCUGCUCCACGAUCAGGCCUCCGCUGGUCCUUAUCAGCCUCCUUUCUGCCACUUUCUCCUCCCUCCUAGUCGGACUUGUUCCCCAUCCCCAAACCUUCCUCCCAGCUCAGCCCUCAACCUCGACCCACUCUCUAUUUCUGCCCAACAGCACCUUUGAAUCCCAGUUGCUGGCCAUCCAAAAAUUGAACACCUUUCAAAUACCAGUUAACAUCUGACAGGACAUAGGAAAUCCCAUUUAUCUGUCAACACUGCCAUUACCUAGCAAUAAAUGCACAUCAAACAAAUCACUUAGAAGAGAUUCAGGAAACAAGAGCACGUCUAAAGCACAAGGUUAUUAGCACGUAACAUCAAGGGCAGGGAUUAAGUUCACAGGUCAA